CUCCUUGGUAUAUUUCCUUGGCUAAUCUAUUAACCAUUCUGAAGGUUCCUUUUCUCUUUUCCCUUUUGUGCCUUAGCAGCAAGAAGCAAAGUUCAGAUCAUAAAGCAAAAGAAAAUGGCGAGAGUAUCAGUCCCCUUAGUGGGAUUAUUUCUUCUCUUCAGUUUCUUGGCAUUCACGGCACAAGCAAGAACUGAGCACAUGAAGUACAAGGACCCCAGCCUGCCCACUAACAUUCGGAUUAGGGACCUCAUGAAACGAAUGACUGUAGGAGAAAAGAUUGGUCAGAUGGCGCAAAUAGACCGUGCUGUAGCCACUCCAGAGAUCAUGAGGGACUACGGGAUUGGAAGCAUCCUAAGCGGCGGAGGAAGCGUGCCGCGUCCUAAGGCCACUCCACAGGAUUGGAUCAAAAUGGUUAAUAAUUUCCAAAAUGGUUCUCUCUCAACCAGGCUUGGGAUCCCAAUGAUUUAUGGCAUUGAUGCGGUGCAUGGACAGAACAAUGUUUACAAGGCCACCAUAUUUCCUCAUAACAUUGGCCUUGGUGCUACAAGGGAUCCCGAGCUUGUGAGGAGGAUUGGUGCUGCGACGGCUCUUGAAGUUAGAGCUACUGGCAUAAAUUAUGCAUUUGCACCAUGCGUUGCGGUCUGUCGAGAUCCUAGAUGGGGUAGAUGUUAUGAGAGUUACAGUGAAGAUCCUGAAAUCGUCAGGGAAAUGACAGAAAUCAUAAAUGGAUUGCAGGGUGAAAUCCCUCAGAAUUCACGUAAGGGUGUUCCUUACAUUGGUGGAAAGGACAAGGUUGCAGCUUGUGCCAAGCACUUUGUGGGUGAUGGUGGCACAACCAACGGCAUCAAUGAAAACAACACGGUGAUUGAUAGGCAUGGAUUGCUGAGCAUUCACAUGCCAGGUUAUUAUGAGUCCAUCAUUAAAGGAGUGUCGACAGUCAUGGUUUCCUACUCUAGCUGGAAUGGAGAGAAAAUGCAUGCUCACCACGAUCUCAUCACCAAUUUCCUCAAGGGCACCCUUAGGUUCAGGGGCUUUGUCAUCACUGAUUGGGAGGGUAUUGAUAAGAUUACAGCUACUCCCCAUUCAAACUAUACAUAUUCCGUUCUGGCUGGGGUUCAAGCUGGCAUUGACAUGUUUAUGAUUCCCUUCAACCAUACCGAGUUUAUUCAUACUUUGACUAAACUUGUCAGAGACAAAUUCAUUCCCAUGAGCCGUAUUGACGAUGCUGUUAGGAGGAUUUUGAGAGUGAAAUACAAACUUGGCUUAUUCGAGAACCCCAUGGCUGAUGAAAGCUUUGUGGCUGAGCUUGGAAGCCAGGCUCAUCAAGAAUUGGCAAGGGAGGCUGUCAGAAAAUCGCUUGUUUUGUUGAAGAAUGGAGAAAAUGCAGAUGAUGCUGUGCUACCCCUUCCCAAGAAGGCAUCUAGGAUCUUGGUUGCUGGAAGCCAUGCCAAUGAUUUGGGUAAUCAAUGCGGUGGUUGGACUAUCUCUUGGCAAGGACUUAGCGGAAACCACACUGCUGGAACCACCAUUCUCGAAGGUAUUUCAGCAGCUGUCGACCCUGACACAAAAAUUGUCUUCAAAGAGAAUCCUGACAUGGAUUUUGUCAAGUCCAAAAACUUCUCCUAUGCCAUUGUUGUUGUUGGAGAGCCUCCCUAUGCUGAGGGACAAGGAGACAGUAUGAACUUGACAAUUCCAGAGCAAAGUCAAUAUACAAUAUACAAUGUCUGUGCGAAUAUCAAGUGUGUGGUUGUUCUAAUUUCCGGACGACCUCUGGAGGUAAUGCCCCAUCUUGACCAAGUAGACGCUUUCGUUGCAGCGUGGCUGCCUGGGUCAGAAGGCCAAGGGGUUGCUGAUGUUCUUUUUGGAGACUACGGGUUCACAGGUAAACUGCCUAGAACCUGGUUCAAGACUGUGGAUCAGCUCCCAAUGAAUGUCGGUGAUCCUCAUUACGACCCUCUUUACCCCCUCGGUUAUGGCCUCACAACCAAGCCUGUCUAGCCUACAAAUUAGCCUCGGGCCUCUGAUCUUGUCUAAGUGGUAGUCCUUAGGUUCGUUUUUGUUUUUUGGAUUUUUGUCCUUUCUAGUUUAGCUUGACAGUAGCAGUUAAACUGUUGUUUGCCAUUCCAAUGGCGUAUGAAAAGAGGUUUUGCUUUGCUAUCACGGAAUACAAUAGCAAUAAUUCUGCACAAGGAAAACAAGGAUUGAAUCCACUAGGUUGGAAUGAAAACAUCCAUUCGUAAAUUAAGCGGGUUUUGCACAUUUAUCUGGUCUAUUUUUAAAGUGGCCGACAACACUGGCAGUUUCUAGACUUGUAGUUGCACACUCACUUGCGGAGAAAACAAAAGGUUUGAAAUUAGAAAAGAAAAACCAAAGGUAAUUUAGUAGCUAAUAAAGCAGUCAUGCACGGCCAUUACCAUUAUUUAGUAAUAAGAAAAGACAAAGGGUGCCCUUGACAAAAAUAUUUUCAACAAUUUAUGUAAAGCAAUCACAAUCCACCAUCAUUCCAUAUAUAACAUAAAAUUGAAAAUGAACGUAAAUUCCAAAUUUGAUUUAUAGAUAACUAGCCAACUUCAUUUAACACUGACCACAAAGACUAAGGAGAUUCAAUGCCUACCAAGCUUAGCAACUAAGGCUCCAUAUAUAUACCAUCACAUUCAUUGUAAGUUAACAGGCAGGCACCAGCAAAUAAAGGUAAAACAACUUCGUGUUGACUUCUUCAGCACCGUACAGCCCUAUGAUUUCACAGCAAGACCUAAACAUUAUGCGAGAUCCACAUCACUCCAGGCUACCUAUAGCAUUUAAUCUUUACACUGACAACUAACAAGUAAAUAUUCCACAGCCUCCAAUCAGCUUGUGUAAUUUACAUGGCACUUUUCUGCACUUGCCAACAAACAACAGUUGGCUCAAAACAUAGAGAUGGAGAACUAAAGUAGAAGAAAGAAAUGGGG